AUGGAACCACUGAAUGCAGCAGCAGCACGGGCUCCUUCUGACAGUUCAGCAGUCCAGUCGCAGGAAGCACCACCGUCUCAGAAGCAGAGUCAACAGAGUCAACAACAACAGCAGCAGCAGCAGCAGCAGCGGCGGCAGCAGCAGCAGCAGCAGCAGCAGCAGCAGCAGCAGCAGAAGCAAGAUGGGAAUAAGGAGCAGCGGAAGGAAGCGACAGUCACUGUCCCUUCGCCUGUCCCUCCGCCGGUCCCCCCUCACCUGGUGAACUGCGAGGCGAUGGUCAAAGCCGUGACGCGGUAUGAGAGGUUCGCGCGCGGACGGGACGUGGUGGAGCAGGUGCCGUGGGCUCUCGUCCGCCAGGGGAAAGGCGGUGAGAAGGAUCGAGUUUUGAGAGCACGAAGAAUGAGCGGCGGGAUCUUGAACCACCAGGAGGAGGGGGAGGGGGAGGAGGGGGGGAGGAGAGGGGUGGUGGAGGGACCGUACCCGCCGUGGGUGGUGGGGGCUGACGAGGAGAAUUACCCGUUGACUCGGCGCGUGCAGAGGGACAUCUGGCUGCACCAGCACCCCGCUGACUGCUACCACCCUUCAGUCAAGUUCCUCUAUGCCACGUUCGUCCCUCAGUCAAAGUACGGCAUUGGCGCGCAGCUCACUAAUGUGGCAGGGGCGUUGGCGCUGGCAGUGGCGUCAGGGCGGGUGCUGGUGCUGGGGAAGUUCCCGAGGGCCAUGCACAGAGGGUGUGAGGGACGCAUGCACGGCCGCUGGAAGUGCUUUUUCGCGCCAGAAACAGGGGAUGCGUGCAGAAGGCGAGCUCACGACCUAAUGGCCAAGCAGAAAGCGCAGCAUCCCAACAACCUGCCUGUCACCACCACCGACUCAAACCACACGGCAGAAUCAAAUCUUCAGGGCGGAUCCGAUCUGCCAGCGGAAUCAGACGUGUUCUCAAACCUGACAGUGGUGCGGCGGCAGGAUAUUCCUGACAAGCUCGUGUGGUUCCCCCCCGUGCCUGCCCUGUGGGGGGAGCCGUGGCGGCGCAUCCCUGCUGUGAUUGAAAUCAACGGGCACAUGCGGCAAACCACCAAGACCGGCAACAAGGACCGCUGGUGGAGGGCGCAGGCGUGGCGCUUCCUCAUGCGCUCGCCCUCGCGCUACCUCUGCGGCGUUCUCAACCGGGCCAGGCACGCGGCCUUCGGGCCAAUGGCAGCUCGCCACGUGGCGCAAGCAGAAGCCGCAAUCCUUCAAGCCAAUAAGCUGGGCUUUGGUGCAAACACUCACCGUGUUAACCUCUCUGGGUCUGGAAAUCCACAGCUCAUCUCUGCUGCCUCUCGUAUUUCCGGUAGUGCUGCCGAUACGAGUGAUGUUCAGAGUAAUGGCUCACAAAGUGGUGAUGUUAACGGCUUGCUCGUAGGCGCCAGGUCAGCACCGUGGGUGCCGCGGCCGCUGGUGAGCAUGCACGUGCGCAUGGGGGACAAGGCGAGGGAGAUGCGGGUGGCGGGUUUCGGCACGUACCUGCACCUGCUGGCGAGAGUGCGGGAGUUUGACCCCUCUGCUACAACCGUCUGGCUUAGCACAGAAAUGCAGCCGGUGGUUGAUAUGGCCAUUCGAACUCCCGGAUGGGACUGGAAGGUCACCAACGUACCUCGGAUGCAAGGAAAGGAAAGCAUGCCAGCUUUUGAGGCCCGAAUUGGAGCCCAACGUGGUUCUGAAAAUGCCUGGGUCAAUCUGCUUAUGGCUGCAGAGGCGGAUUAUUUCAUAGGUGCCCUUGGUUCAACGUGGUCCAUGCUGAUUGAUGGCUUGAGGUGUACAGGAGGAAAGAUGCUUGCUGGAUUUCUAAGCACAUCUCGGGACAGGCAUUGGCUGAUUCCAGCUGACUCCGCGAACUCAGAGGCUGCAGCUCAGAUGGGUAUCGGGGGGUUCUUGCGGUCCGGAGCCUCCUUCGCGGGUCAGUUCGUGGCCGUUCUCGCUGUCCACACUCUAGGACGGGUCGUAUGGCCUUUCUUCCGAGUCGCCGCGAUCGCCAGCAGCAAUGUCUGGUCCAAGCUGCCUCUCCGCCUGCCGAUGCCAGAAGGAGCAGCGAAUUCCGUGGCGCGGCUACGGCCGUUCUGCCUGCCGGUGCUGCUGCAGGUGGCGCUCAGCUCGCUCAUCCCCCUCGCCUUCCCCGAUGUCUGGCGCACUCUCCGCUUCUGGGACCGCCUCAUGCCCAUCUACCUGGGGUAUAUGAAGACAAAGCUGGCGGUGCGCAAGAAGCCCAUUGAGGUUCGCCACGUGAAGUGGGCUGUGCGCCACGAGUGGGGCGGCAAGCUCGUGCACGACCUGGUGCUGCGGCUCAGCGGCCUCUACGUCAAGUCUGCGCAGAUCCUUGCUUCCAAAUCGAGCCCAUCCUCACACUCCUUCCACUGCCAGGCACAGGACUUCAUGCCAGCAGCGUGGGUGCGGCGCCUCUCAUCGCUGUUUGACAACAUGCCCCUCUUCCCAACACUCACACACCUGACAUCCCCUGCCCACCCCUCUCUUCCCUCUCCCCCCCCUCCCCUCGCACAGGACUUCAUGCCAGCAGCGUGGGUGCGGCGCCUCUCAGCCCUAUUCGACAACGUGCCCUCGCGCUCAAUACUUAUACGUGACAUGCCGCCCCGGCCCCCCAAUUCCACCCCCCCCCAUUCCCUCGCACAGGACUUCAUGCCAGCAGCGUGGGUGCGGCGCCUUUCAGCCCUAUUCGACAACGUGCCCCCCCGCCCCUACUCGCAAGUCAUCCGCUCCAUCCAAUGCGAGCUCGCCAUCUGUCCUCCUCCCGGCCCCUCCCCCACCCCUGCUCUUCUCCCGCCUCCUCCUGUUGGUGAUACUUCUGCUGCCUCUGAUGCUGCUGCUGCGAAUGGUGAAGCCUCUUUGCUCAAACCCGCUACAGCCAACGGUCCAGCCGGUCAAAGCAAGUCAACGCAGGUCAAGCGCCGGGCACUCCUAGUAGCAGACGUCUUCGAAAGCAUAGACGAGGACUCCCUAGCCUCUGCCUCUAUUGCCCAGGCCCAUGCAGCUGUGCUCCUGCACCCCCUCCCAGAGAACAACCCUACUGAUCCUUCCAAGGUGCUGCCUAUCCUGCCGCACCUCACGAGCAAGGAGAGGGAGGCCCUUGGGAUUGCCGUGGAGGCGGUGGUGGUGAAGGUGCAGCAUCUGGGCAUGGAUAUCAUCAUGCGCUCCGACCUGAGGAAUAUUGGCCGUGUGGCUGAAUUUCUGUCUCCUCAACUGCCCUUCGACCUCCGCAAUAUAGUGAAGGAGAUACAGCAGACCAUUCCCAACGAGUUCAACUUUCAGAGGGAGGCCGCCUUCAUGACCACCAUUCGCCACAACCUCGCCUGCCGGGGCUUCCACCAAGUCGUCUGCCCCACGCCCAUGCUGAGUCUCUGCACACGGCGCAUGAUCGUCAUGGAGAGGCUCUACGGAACACCAUUCACCAAGAUAAUCGACUCGCUACACCCCUACAAGGAUUCCUCCCUCCUCCCUCCGCCUCUUGCCGCCACACGCCAAGAAGCGAUCUCAGCCGUCCGAUCCCUCCUUGAAUCCUACGGUGCUAUGUUCUUUCUGGACGGGGUUUUCCAUGCCGACCCGCAUCCAGGAAACCUUUUGCUGCUGCCCGGCGCCAAGCUCGGGCUGCUGGACUUCGGGCAGUCGAAAGUUUUGGAGCGGCAGACAAAACGUUCGUUUGCCCGAAUGGUGGUGGCGCUGUGUAAGGGUAACCAGCUGGAAAUUGCCCUAGCAUUACUGGGCACAGGAAUAUCCUUCGGGGGGGAUGCUGAUUGGACUACCUUCUUUAAUAAACCAGGGGAGGUGGCAACAGGGGUGGGAGGAGCAGUGGGGGCAGAGGAGGGUGGGAAGGACGAGAAAGUUGAGCCAAUGAUGAAUGGACACGUGUCAGAGAGUGCGCAAUGUAACGGCGUGGCAACAGCAAAAAGUGUGGGUGCUCCUGCUCCGGCUCCUUCUCCUGCAGGGCUGGGCCUUGCGACGCUGCUGAAGGAGGUGGGCCCGGCAGGGCUGCUGGCAGCAGCAACGCCGCAGCGGCUGCAGACGGUGCAGACGCUGUCAUACCUCAUGUUUGACACUCGACCCAUGGCUGAGGCCCAGAUGUCGCCCCUUGCUCAGGAGUCUGUUUUGCAGAGGGCGCCUUUGAAAGCCUUCAAUCAGUCCUACUGGCUGAUCGUGAGGGCCAUGCUGCUGCUACGCGGCUUGUGCCAUUCGCUAGAUGCUGACAUCUCAGCCGUCCAAUUGUGGAGGCCUUAUGCCGAGGCUCUUCUUGCACAAGACCCAUAG